ACGUCACAGCUGCGCGCGUCUGAAAACAUUUUGCUCCGUAAUUACUCGCCAAAGAGCUUCUCUACGCGCCAACGACUUACAACCGGCGAACAACCUACUCGCGCAACUUCGCUCCCCGCAUACCGAGAAAAUUUUCGCCAUGUCAGAGCGUGGAAACGUCCGUGGAGGAAGUAAUGGUGGCCACCGUAACCGAGGCGGCGAGCGAGGAAGAGGUGGCGGUCGAGGUGGCUCUGCCGCAGCAGGCAGCGGAGAGCAGAAAGAGAGGCCCAAGAAGGAGAAUAUCAUUGACUUGAACCGUUUCAUGGAUAAGCAACUUAGGAUCAAGUUCAAUGGCGGCCGAGAAGUCGUGGGCGUGCUAAAGGGAUUCGAUCAACUUAUGAAUCUUGUGUUAGACGAAGUAGAAGAAUACAUGCGUGACGACGAGGGCAACGAGGAGACGAGACCGCUUGGUUUGGUGGUCGCACGUGGCACACUACUCACUAUGAUCUCGCCUGUGGACGGAAGUGAGGAGAUCGAAAACCCAUUUCUACAAAACGAGGACGAGUGAGCAAUCUCAGACCGAAGAACGGUAACGGGCCAGCAGGGGUCCGUGGCACAGGGGAUGAAGGCAUCGUCCUGUAGUUGAUGCGCUAAAGAGCAACAUAAAGACAUCACGAGCCACCGCUCUCCGAGGCUCCUUUGCGGCUUGGUUGACUCUUCACGACGUUAUGACGGCUGAGCUUUCAAGAGAACCGAGAGUCUUAGGAUUGAGGAACGUACCAUUCUGGCAUCGUUUACAGAAUGACGAAGUCUAUGAAGCUUGCUCGAACAUGGGCGUUCCAAUGACAUGCCGCAUCGCUGUACGCAGCUUGAAAUGGGAGUAGACCAAACAAGUGCGAAAGUCACCUCAUUAAUAUCGCACUCUACUGAGGUUUCUACCGAAUCAUCGAAAACUCUAAUCCAAUCCCUUGAUUGCCGCCUGGAAUUCCAAUUGUUCAACUUAAGCGACUAUUGCAGCCAGUUUCUAUAUUUUUCACUCAGGCCUUAACCAUCUUGCUCGUCCGUUGCGUCGUCGCGCUA